GGAAGGAGAGAAACAGAAACGAAUGGAGAGACGAAACUGUGCUGUUACAUUCUUAAGAGUCUUGUUGGUGUUGAUGGCGGCGGUGGAAACGACGGCGCUUCACGGGGUUAAACCGAGGGAGAAGGAUCACCGGAACGCUUAUGCGACGAUGAUGUACAUGGGGACGCCGAGAGACUACGAGUUCUACGUCGCCACACGUGUCCUGAUCAAAUCCCUUGUUAAGCUCCGAGUAAACGCCGAUCUCAUCGUCAUUGCCUCCCUCGACGUUCCCCUCCGUUGGGUUCGUGCCUUGGAAGAGGAAGAUGGAGCAAAGGUGGUGAGGGUGGAGAACAUUAAUAACCCGUACAAUGGUCAAAAGAAUUUCGACAAGAGAUUCAAGUUGACACUGAAUAAACUAUAUGCUUGGAGUUUGGUGGACUAUGAUAGAGUUGUGAUGCUAGACGCAGACAAUCUUUUCCUACAGAGAACCGAUGAGUUGUUCCAAUGUGGGCAGUUUUGUGCUGUGUUUAUCAACCCCUGCAUCUUUCAUACUGGUCUCUUUGUGUUGCAGCCAUCGUUGUAUGUAUUUAAAGACAUGGUUCAUUCACUGGAUACUGGUAAAGAAAACCCUGAUGGUGCAGACCAGGGAUUCAUUGGUGCCUACUUCCCUGACUUGCUCGACCAGCCAAUGUUCCACCCACCUUUAAAUGGCUCCAACCUUGAUGGGCAAUACAGGCUUCCACUGGGCUAUCAAAUGGAUGCUUCUUAUUAUUAUCUCAGACUUCGCUGGAGAGUACCUUGUGGACCGAACAGUGUGAUCACUUUCCCCGGUGCACUAUGGUUGAAGCCAUGGUACUGGUGGUCUUGGCCUGUCUUGCCUUUAGGCAUUCAGUGGCAUGAAACUCGUCGUCAAACUCUAGGCUACGCGGCUGAGAUACCGAUCGUAAUGAUCCAAACCAUUAUCUUCCUCGGAAUAAUAGUAAUGACUCGACUAGCACGCCCCAGCAUCCCCAAACUAUGCUACCGGCACUCGGACAAAACCACGUCCUUGAUCCAAAUCGCCCUAAAGCUCGUAGCAAUCUGGUCGAUUCUCGCGGCCUAUAUAGUUCCCUUCGCUAUUAUUCCUCGCACAAUUCACCCAUUAGUAGGCUGGACGCUGUAUUUCCUCGGCUCCAUUGCUCUGUCAUCGAUAACGAUCAACUCGUUCUUGCUGCCUGCCAUUCAAGUUUUCGUGCCAUUGAUUGGGAUUUUUGGUUCUCUUCUGGUCAUGGCAUGUCCCUGGUACCCUAAUGGAGUUGUAAGAGCUUUAGCUGUUUUCGGCUAUGCGUUUUGUUUUGCUCCUAUCGCUUGGGGUUCGGCGGUUAAGGUCUUGGCUCGUCUUCAUGUCUCGCUUGAAAGGGAACAGUUUUUCCCAAAAAUGGCUGAAUCUUCACCACCUCCGGGCUUCAACAAGUUGUGCUGAGACUUGAUAUAUCGUGCAAUGAAA